CCAUUACAUUUCUCUCUUUAGAGAACCCCAAACAGACAAUCGCACUAUUGUCUCUCCUUAAUAAAAACAAACACCCAAAUCUACUCUGUUUUCUUUACAGCAAAUGGACCCUUUCGUUCAUCAGAACCCCAUUUUCGAGCCACCGGAGACUCCAAGAGAACCAAUGGAGUUCUUAUCCCGUUCUUGGAGUAUCUCCUCCUUACAAGUUUCCAAAACUCUCACAUCCCCAUCGCCGGCGCCUCAGAUUCUCUCCGCCGGAGUUGUUGAUUCAAUACCUGAAGACAUCGCCGGAGAAAUAGAAGAGUCACCGACGACUGUCUCCGGCAAUCCCUUCUCUUUUGCCUCUUCCCAAACUUGUCAACUCGUUAUGGAACGUAUAAUGUCACAAUCUGAGUUAUCACCACUUACUUCCGGUAGACUCUCUCAUAGCAGUGGUCCUUUGAUCACCGACAGCCCUCCCGUCUCCCCUCCGGAAAAUGACGACAUCAAGCUGUUUUGUCGCCACAAUAACAAUUAUCCUUACACAUUUGGACUACCUACUUCCGGCGCCGGUGCCGGCGCCGGAGGAGGAGGAGUGGGAAGGACUGUGGGCCGUUGGCUUAAGGAUAGGAGAGAGAAGAAGAAGGAAGAUACUAGGGCUCAUAAUGCGCAGCUUCAUGCUGCGAUUUCUGUCGCUGGAGUGGCUGCUGCCGUUGCUGCUAUUGCCGCUGCCUCCGCGUCCACUUCUGGAUCUGGUAAGGAUCAGCAGAUGGCGAAGACAGAUAUGGCGGUGGCGUCUGCAGCUACGUUAGUCGCAGCUCAGUGCGUUGAAGCGGCGGAAGCCAUGGGGGCGGAGAGAGAGCAUCUUGCCUCUGUUAUUAGCUCUGCUGUUAAUGUUCGAUCUGCUGGAGAUAUCAUGACCUUAACUGCCGCCGCCGCAACUGCUUUGCGUGGGGCGGCUACAUUGAAGGCUAGGACUCUGAAGGAAGUGUGGAAUAUAGCGGCUGUGAUACCGGUGGACAAAGGGCGGGGAGGAAGAGGAGUUAACGGUGGUGGUGGUGAUGAAAAUGGUAGCAAUGGGAGUUCGAGUAGUAGUUUCAGUGGCGAAUUUGCGCUUGAAGAGAAUUUCCUUGGCAUCUGUAGCCAAGAACUGUUAGCUAGAGGUUCAGAGCUUCUUAAGAGAACUCGAAAAGGUGAUCUUCACUGGAAGAUAAUUUCGGUCUACAUCAACAAUAUGGGUCAGGUUAUGCUUAAGAUGAAGAGUAGGCUAGCUGGGACCAUCACCAAAAAGAAAAAGAAUGUGGUCUUGGAAGUGUUGAAAAAUAUUCCGGCUUGGCCUGGGCGUCAUUUACUUGAAGGAGGUGAGGAUCGCCAUUACUUUGCAUUUAGAACGGUUGGGAGAGGAGUUGUGGAAUUCGAGUGCAGGAACCGAAGAGAACACGAUGUGUGGACUCAGGGUGUAUCGAGGCUUCUAGCCGUAGCAGCAGAAAGAAGAGGUAUAAAUAGAAAUUGAGUGUAAUAAGCUUACUAACAACAAUAUCCACAUAAGAUCAUGAUGAUGAUGUCUUAGUCAUAUUUUGGCCUUAAAAGAUGGGAAAGUGUGGGGGUUUUUUAAGUUGGGUCAUAAAAUCUGGUAUUCCUAUUGUAAAAAGAAGUGGGAGUUUGAAAUAUAAAAUUCCUAUUUGGGGUCUUAAGGUAUUUUUUUGUCAUACCCCUAUAAUAUACCCUAUCUAAACUUUUAGAAGGAACCCAUGUGAUUUUAUUUAUUAUAUAUCCCCUUCUAGUUCAUUUUGGAUGAAACCAAUGAAAAAAUUUAGGGUUUUCUGUGUUGUAUUGUGUGUUUCAGGAAUAGUGAUUUGUGAAUAAUUUGUGUUGAUUAUUUAAUUGUGUCAUUGGAAUUGGUUAAAGGUGUUUCUGAUUGCUUGAUUAUUGUUUA